AUGUCGGCUAAUAUGCCUGUGCAUGAGCUGGAACAAUACAACGAAUCUCCGCGGGAAUCAAAGGAGUUCUUCCUCGUGGACGCGGAACCAGUGAUAAAGAGAAUGCGAUGCCAGGUAAUCCGAGAGAGCGUCCGGGCUUGCUAUCGCUUUCUGAUACCUAGUUUUCUCACCACACAAUCACGCACGACAUUGAAUGCCAUUGCUUCUCUUGAUGGCUUGCGAGGUUAUGCAUCGUUCGGCGUAUUCCAAUAUCAUUUUACGGACACUUUCUGUCAGAUGCACAAUCGAGGCUUCGGGUUCGAUGAGAGUAACCGCUACCUCAUUCAACUUCCAUUCAUCCACUUUUUAUGGACUGCACCAGCUCUUGUGGCUUGCUUCUUUGUCAUCUCCGGAUACGUACUCUCGUACAAGCCACUUAAGCAGAUACGGUCUCACCCAGGAGACCCCUUUUUGCAUACUAUGAGCUCGGCAAUCUUCCGGCGUGGCAUCCGACUCUACUUACCAACAUUGUUUGCAACAUUCGUCGCGUUCCUCCUUGUACGCUUGGGCAUGUUCAAUUACUCCCACUGGGUAUUCCUUCAAGGAGAAUAUCUUGCAGCAGGAGAAGACACGCCUCCGAUUAUGGCCACUUUUGGCGAGCAGUUUGCACAUUGGCGGAGCGAUAUGAACAAUAUGAUAUAUCCGUUUCAUUUGGGGGGUUCGGCCAGCACGCCUUAUGAUCCACAUCUCUGGACCAUUCCCACGGAGUUUCAAGGAUCAAUGCUGCUUUUCAUCGUCACCAUUGGCCUUUGGAAUGUUCACACUGUUGCACGUUUGGGAUUUGUCGGAGCCUUCAUCCUGUAUUGUGGUUAUCAUGGACAAAAUGACAUUCUCCUCUUCUUCGGUGGUAUGUUCCUGGCAGAGGUAGACCUGAUCCUGCGAGAAGGGGAAGGACGAGUCAACCGAUACCGCUAUCUCUGGCUCGUGCUUUUCACGAUCGGGCUGUACCUUGCUGGCAUGCCAUCGUGGGAUCCGCAGAUUACACCAGGGUACGAAACCAUAAUGUGGCUCAUUCCAAAUUCAUACCGCUGGCACACGCUCGGAUGCAUCAUGCUUGUUUGGUCCGUCCGAAACUCGGAUGACGUCCAGAUUGUUUUCACCAAUGGAUUUGCACAAUACCUGGGCAAAAUCUCGUACUCGCUGUACAUCGUGCACGGUAAUGUCAGGAGAACACUUACGUAUACGAUGAUGCCAACGCUCUUAGCCCUGACAAAUGGGAAAGAAUCAAAGCUAGGAUUUGCGAUCACCAUUCUGGUUUCGAUCAUGUUCACUUACCCGCUCACUUUCUUCCUUGCCCACCUGUUCUGGCGUGCUGUUGAAAUUCCGAGUACAAAGUUUGCGAAGUGGCUGGAAAUGAAAUGUUCUAGAAGUAGUUCAUAUUGCAGUCUAAACUCCGGUGCUGAGCUGACACUCUGA